AGCAUUAACAUGCACUUGAGCAGCUGCUGAAACUGGUGUAUGUGCACGGCGUACUGGGGUGUAUAUAGCACAAAGCACCUCGAAGCUCGAAGCUCUGCGCGAGCAGCGGAUGCGCCAGGCGUGCUCUUCUUUCGACGCGAGGUAGCCGCUCGUGUGCGCUCGUCCGGCCGCGAUAGAAGCGCUACCCAUCAUGGAAGACGAGCAGAUGGUGCCAUCGCACACGCCGGCCUCGACCUCGACAGCUGGAGGUACAACGGCAGCAACAGCGGCGGCGGCAGCAGCAGCAGCAGCAGGAGCAAACACAGUGACGACGCCGAUCGCCAUCCCGUUCCAUCGGGCCAUCUCGCCGCCGACACCUGCACCAUCACCGCAGCCUGAUCGUCCACAUGGCAGUCGGGGUAGCGCCGCCGCUGCGGCGGCUCAGAGCUCUACCCCUUCCUCAUCGAACGGAGGGAGUCCCAUUCGGGCAUCGCUCAGCGAUGGAACGCCACUCAGUGGCCAGACGUUCAUCAAAGAUCUCACGAUGCAUUUCCAAAGCCUCCCAUCGCAAGCGAGGCUCGAUCUCAUCUCGGCACUCGUCACGAACUGCACCAAGCAAGAGCUGGCUCACCUCUCGCGCAUCGUCAGCCCGCGGCUCCGCAUCGACUUCCUCUCCGAGCUGCCGAUCGAGAUCAGCUUACACGUCCUCAGCUUCGUCGACGACCCGCGGACGUUGGCGCGCGCCGCAUGCGUUUGCCGCUUCUGGCGCAGCCUUGUUAACGAUGAGCAGACAUGGAUGGCAAUGUGCAUCAAGCAUAAAUAUCGCACCAAAAACGUCCUCCCACGUCAGCGCGAGUGGAAGCCGCGUGGGACCAGCGGCGACGCAAAGGGUAAAGGUCGGCUGCGGGACGAGCUGGAGGACCUAAGGAAUGAGCAGGAGGAAGCGAGCAUCCUUCCCAGCCUCUACGAGCGCUACCGCACUCGAGGCCUCGAUCCGUCCAACGCGAUGCAGGAACUGCGAACGUUGCACGCUCUCUUCUUGUCCAAGCAGGAAGGCAACGACGGCGCUGUCGCGAUGCUUAGUCCGCAUGACGCAGCCUUCUACGCGCAAUUAGAAGAUAUCGUCAGCGAGGAAAUCAGGGAUCGAUAUGGGAAAACUCGCGCAGAACUCGCAACGCCGCUUCAUCAGCGCUAUGGUACUGGUGCCCCGGGCGGGCCUGACGAUCACGCUGCCGCUUCCCGCGACGGAGGGAGCGCGUGGAAUGUGGGACGCCUCAGUGCUGGUCCGCCUACUUCUCUUGCGGGGCUGAUCGGCAACGUCCUCUCGCCAAGCUCCUCCCGGACUGGCGCCGCUGGUGCUGUGGCAUCGGCAGCAUCGACCCUCCAUCCGGGCCCACGUCGCUCGAGCACUCUCCCUUUGUCUCUUGGCGAUGGUGGUCGCGACGGCGACCGAAUGGACGAAGACGCACCUGAGGGCAGCUCCGUCGUAUAUCCUGCAGCGCAAGACAACCCUGUUUCUGCAACCUCCACCUCGUGGUGGGAAGGCGCAGCAGCUGCUGCUGCGGCCGCAGUGGCGCAUACACCUGUACUAGCAGGCGGCUUCGCAGGUGGGGUAGGCGGCGGAGUCCAACUGACGCCGCGCAACGCUGCAUCCCACGCUGGUACCAACAAUGCAGGCUACAGCUUUGCAGCGCAUACACCGCUCGUCAGUAGCAUGGCUGCAAGCUUGUUACGCACUCCAAACGUCCGGCUUCCCGUCUCUGGCAUCGGUAACGCAUUCAGCCACGGUUUAAAUGCACUCGGCCUCGAGCGGAAUGCCCUGCUUCGCUUCGCAGGUGCUUCGCCUUCGCAGCAAGUGGCAGCAGCAGCCGGAUUAUCGUCAGCAGGCGAUAAACGAAGUUCGCCGGCGAUUGGGUACUUUGAUGGCGAGACACACUCCCACUCCACCACUCAAGUGUUGCCGCUAAGCUCUCGUGGCGAUGCCAGCUCGCGGCGCCGUGGUGGUAGGGACCACAGACGGCCACGGCCACAGUCUGCGCUUGGACUUGGAAUCCCCAGCACCUUGGAAGGCCAUGCGCGUGGACCGUUGGAUCGCGCCGUCACGUACUCUGAAGGCCUGGCGCACAGCGGCAGCGGCAGCAGCAACAGCUCGCAGCCAGCAAUCAGCUACAAGGAGCAAUUCAAACUGGCAUACCAAACUGAAUCAAACUGGCUGCGCGGCGGGCGCCUGCUGUCCCAGUACACUUGCGCCAACGACCAGACCAUGGUGACAUCGCUGGCUAUGGACGCGGAUCGCAUUGUGCUUGGCAUGCCCAAUUGCAAGAUCCACGUGUUCGACGCGCGUACCGGCCUCUUCAUGAAGACACUGACGGGCCACCAGAGCGGCGUCUGGUGCUUGUCCCUCAUUGCCGGGUCUGGCGACAGCGGUGGCGGCAGCACUGCAACGGAAACCAAGGCCGGUACUGGGAAAGGCUACGUGCAGCAGAUGUUUGUCACGAAUCCAGACGACAACUGCGGCAGGCCGUAUCUGGCAGCGGGAGAUGGCGAUCUCAAGCUGAUGCAUCAUGAUGGGCGGCCGACAGAAGGGGAGGGGCGAACGGCGCCCUGGCCAAUGCCGCCGGGGCCGCCGGCGGAGGACCCGGCGGCUCUUGGCCAUGAGGAGACGCUGCAGUGGUUCCAUCGAACGCGGCUUGCCAUGUUGCGCAGAGAAGAGGCAGGGAACGAUAUGGACACAUACGAGGAUGGCGCGCCCGGCUGGUCGAGUGCAAGCGACCGGUCGCGUGCAUAUAGCCAAGGUUCCUCUGCGCAGCUCAACGAGUCUUUCAGGUGGUCCGGGCCGCCGCCCAGCCCUGGCUACUCUCUAUUCGCGAACAACAGUAACAACAACACUGCUCCUGGCCUAGCGCAGAGCAGCCCGACAGGUAGUGUACCCAGCUACGGCAACAUCCAUCCCGUCAUCGUCUCCGCAGGCUCAGAUCGCGAAAUCAGGGUCUGGGAUCUGAACACAGGCGAAUGCAAGCACGUCCUCCGCGGUCACACCGCGACGGUGCGCUGCCUGAAAGUCAUGCCUGGACGGCCGAUCGCCAUAUCUGGCGCACGCGACCACUCGGUGCGCGUGUGGGAUAUCGAGAAGGGCGAGCUGAUCCACCUGCUCUCUGGGCACGAGCACUUUGUGCGUUGCUUGGAUGUUGCGGGCAACAGGAUUGCCAGCGGCAGCUAUGACGCGACUUGCCGCAUCUGGGAUGUUGACACGGGAAAAUGCCUGCACGUCCUCACGGGUCACUGUCAUCAAAUCUACUCGAUCGCUUUCGACGGCGAGAAGGUCGCCACGGGCAGCCUUGACGCUACGGUCCGCGUGUGGAACGCUCACACGGGCGAAUGCCUCGCUCUCUUCCAAGGGCAUACCUCUCUUGUCGGCCAGCUCCAGCUGACGGAUAAGGUGCUCGUCACGGGUGGGUCCGAUGGCCGCGUGAUCAUCUUCUCUCUCGAGACAUACGAGUGCCUCCACCGCCUGUGCGCACACGACAACUCCGUCACUUGCUUGCAAUUCGACGAGCGCUUCAUGGUCACAGGAGGCAAUGACGGUAUUGUCAAGCUAUGGGACACCAACACGGGCAAGUUCAUCCGCGAGCUCGGCCAGCCGAGUGAGCAGGUCUUCAAAAUGGCUUACCGCGAUGACAAAUGUGUCAUCGUCUGCCUUCGUGAUGGAAAGCCAUCGAUGGAAAUCAUCAGCUUUAGACCAGUUGCUGAGGCAUAUGAGCACUACCUGCACUCAACAUAGUUCUUUCCAGUUUUUUCUCAUCGAAGCAGUCCUACUUUCUCACAGCAUCCGCAACCAUGCACUUUGACUCAAGACAGUCCCUGCUGAAUCUGUUGCAUGUAUCAUACAGACACCCGCGCUCAGGUAUCGAUGCAUUGUUCUACAGUCAAA